GAGAGAGAGAGAGAGAGAGAGAGAGAGAGAGAGAAUACAGAUAAUCACAUCACUGGGGAGGAAGCCAGUAGUGUUUCAUUUGAGAACUGUAAGUAGCAAAUGAGAAUCUGAUAUAUGUGCCCAGCAAAUCACUGCAAUUCACUCACUUAAAUAAAAAUAGAGCAUGAAAAGUACUGUUACAGUAAGCAGAAAAUAUUUCUCAAUAAGCACUGUGUACAGGAGAAUGCUCUGGGAUGUCCUUGGUAAGAAGCCCAAGCUUGUAACUGUUUACAAACAUGGUGCAUUAAAUUUAGAACUUGAUUUAUGCGCUGACAAAGUUUCCUUUACAGUGACAUCGGUGUCAGGGUGACAUGUCAUUCCUCAACCUGCCUGCUUAAUGUAAAGCUGACAGCUAUACUACACAAAUUCUGUAUCUUUUUCUGCCUUUGACAUGAAACAGUCUUAAAUUGGGAAUUGAGACUAUGAGAAUAUACUGUUGCUAUUUCAUGUUACCUCAUAGGUCAUGUAGAGCUUCAGUUGUUUAUGCUGUGUUUAUGGCAUUUUUGUCUAAACACAUCUGUAAAGCGUUGAAUGUUUUCCAACACUGGCUGGGAACCAUGUGCAUUCAGUUUUUUAAAACCAAAUGAUGUCUUCAUUUGGUUAUAAAAGUCAUUUAAAGAAAUGUUGCAAUAUCAAAAAUAUCCAGCCUGUAUGUGUAUGGGGGCAUGUGUUUACAUCUUGGUGAGGAUCAUAUGCCAGGUAUUCCUAUCCAUGUGGGGAAAACUGCUUCUUAAACAAGAAAAAAAUAAACUCUUUGAGGAAAAUAAAAUAAAAUAAAAAAUCCAAAGCAGCCGAUUAUUAUUUGAGGUUAAGGUUAGAUGUAGAAGCAUAGAAUAGGAUUAAUUUGCGAGAGAGAGAGAGAGAGAGAGAGAGAGAGAGAGAGAGAGAGAGAGAGAGAGAGAGAGAGAGAGAGAGAGAGAUCUCAUGGCUGUUACUGGGGGCUGUUGCAUAUGUCUCUGUAUAACACAACACUGGCUAAAACUAUAAAUGUACUCCAUUGAGAAAGUCCGUCCCUGAUGCACAGAGGAUCCAAAUGGUCAUGGGAAAGAGCAGCACAGCCUGUUCCUCUGACAAUUUCCUGUCCUGUAGCCACCUGGCAUCCUCAUGCAGAACAUUCACAAGCCUGCACAAAUAUGUGCUCCUAGGCUACUACAUUCAUUCGGAUAUCAUGGAAAACAGAGGUGAAUAUGUAAUGUUUUCAAAAGAAACAUGCCUAUUGGACAGUGCAUCAGAGAAACUAAAGAAAGAGCUGGAGGAAGAGCUGAAACUCAGCAGCCACAACAUACAAAGUCAUGGCUGGUACCAUGGACGUAUACCUUGGGAGGUUUCAGAGUCUCUAGUGCUACAGGAUGGGGAUUUCCUGAUUCGUGAUUCUUUGACCAGUUUGGGAGAUUACGUCUUAACCUGCCGCUGGAAUCAGAAGCCUCUCCACUUCUUAAUCAGCAAAAUUCUGCUAAGAUCCAGUGACGCAUACACACGAAUGCAGUAUGUUCUGGAAGGAGAGCAGUUUGACUCUAUUCAAUCGUUGGUCCAUUUCUAUGUGGGCGGGCAAAUGCCACUUACCCAACACAGCGGGGCAUAUGUGAUUUCCCCAGUCAACAGAACUGUACCUCUGCAUUAUCUGGAGACAAUGUUUGGCCAGACUAGUCAGGAGGGGACACCAUUAAACUCACCUGUGCACAGGAAGGGAAGUCUAGCAGUGACAGAGGCUCUGGCAUUUGAGUUAAUAAAUCCUCAGAGGGAGGCAGUCAAGAGCUUUGUUGGGACCUUGGAACAGCGUGUUGUAGUGACGUCGUCCCCAACCCCACUGAACACACUCUACAGACGUAGAAGAAGUCCAUCGCGCAAUAGAAAGUUUGUUGUAGUCCCUUCAUCACCUGUUUUGCAAAGCCCCAAUGACAUGGAACUUUGUACCUCUCCAACCGAGAGUGCUUUCAUCUAUUUGGAGCCUACAGACAACAUGUGGUUUCCCAGUACUGAGUCCUGUCAAAGCACUACUGUUGAUGCCAUUGACCUGCAAUCCAACACAGGCCUUUAUCCACACAGUCUUGCUCAUACAGAGUCACCCUUCAGCGAAAAAGAGGAACAGACAGUGCCGGGCUUCAUGGACGAGGACAAUGAGGAUUAUUUAAUGCCACUUGUAACUGAAACAGCCUCCAGUUUCAGACCCAGCGUGUACCAGUCACUGCUGCUCCCUGCAGAAAAUAAACCACUAGAAGCAAUAGUGUUAAGGAGAGUGAAGGAGGUGCUUGUAGAAGCUGAUACAAAGAUGAUGGCCAUGCACAUCACCAAAAUCGACUGCAUGGUUGCUCGCAUAUUGGAUUUUUCUGGUGAGAAUACAAGAGGGAUGGCUGUGAGCUCAGGAAUGGAGCUUCUCACACUUCCACAUGGCCACUAUCUCAGACAAGACCUGUUGGAAAGGUUCUAUACCAUGUCCAUCAUGCUGGCUAUGGUGCUGCUGGGUUGCACGGGCAGUGUGGUGGAAAGAGGCUCCAUACUGCAUAAAAUUAUCUCACUGGCAUCUGAGUUGAAGACCAACUUGGGCAACAUGUUUGGCUUUGCUGCAGUUAUGAGGGUCUUAGAACUGCCACAGAUUGUUCGGUUGGACGAGUCAUGGAUGGCUUUAAGGCAAAAAUACACAGAUAGUGCAGUCCUGUAUGAAAAAACCUUAAGGCCCUAUUUGAAGAGAAUGAAUGAUGGAAAAGAGCUCUGUGACCCAUCAGAGAUGACUGUCCCUCAUGUGCUCCCUCUGUUGCUCCUACUUGAGAAAAGUGCUGUGAUUCUUGAAGGGUCAGAGUCCUGGGAGAGCCUCGAGUCUGGAAUGGACACUGUGCUGUGUCAUUUAAACUCUGCUCGUACCAUUGCAUGUCACGGUGAGACCUGCUGCUCUAAUGCCAUGGCAAAAUUACAAGGUUUCCAUGAGCAGCCAGACACACUAGAAGUUUUCAUGACUGAGUUUCAGAUGCGUCUGCUGUGGGGCAGCCGGGGCGCAGAGGCAAGCAGAGAGGAGCGCUAUGAAAAAUUUGACAAAGUACUAACAGCCCUGUCCAAUAGACUGGAACCUUCUAGGCAAGCAGAGUGAUACAUAUUAUACAUGUCUCACACUGAAAUCUGUAUAUUUCUUUUUAUUUGAUGAAUACAAGGAAUACAGGUUUACACAGAGCAUCGCGAAAUAACAUUUUUUUCAUAAUCUUUUCAACUUUUAUAUGUGUUUGUAAAUAAUGUAGAUAAAAAUAUUAUUCAGAUUUGUAUUUCAAAGUAUGAUUAACUUUAUUUUGUUUAUAUAUAAAAUAAUCAGUCAUUUCUUUAUAAAAAAAAAUGGUUUAUAAAUUAUGUUUACAUUGUCAUAACCUAUAUAUGUCUUUAUACUGACUGUUUGAAUCCUUUUAUUUCUCAGAUUAAACCGGUUCAGUUGUCUCUUCUUUUAUUGUUUGUUUUAAUCAAACAUUAAAACACAAUUUCUGCUUAUUUUUUAGCUACGGAUGUAUGAUUACUGAUCCAAGCCACCACUUUUAAAUUUACACUUGUCUAAUAAAAUU